GGAUAAGUGUUACAUGUCUUCUUUCAAACCACCUUUUUGAGAAGAUCUACCCCCAGCCGCAACGCCCAGAGUGGAAUUUUCAUUCGAGAAAACGUCUGGUGCCCCUGGAGUCCGUGAUGAAAGCCCACCUGACCCCACAGCAGAGCCGUAUGGUUACAUGAAUGUAUUUUCGGCUCUGUUACCACGAGCUGAAACUUAAUUCGGCCUUCUCGCUUCGUCUCCAACCUAUCAUUGAGUCAGGCACGCAGAGGCUCACGACAUUCAUCCUCUCUCACCACUACUGUGAGAGUGAGCGCCCCUCCGGAACCCCCCGUGGGCAUACAGCUAGUCCGCUUCGGUUCAACCCCCCCGGCUCGAUCGUCCUCGCGUUCCUGCACCAUCAAUCUUAACAACGAAAAUUAAGGCCCCCCUGGAUCAAGAUUCAACCAUCAAUCGACCCUUUCUCUCUUCCUAUCUCCAUCCAAUUGAUCCAGCUCUACGCCUCGUUGCCACUUGACAUCGCCGCCGAUCAUGGACAGCGAGCAAUUGCAGGCGAAGAUAACGGCUGCCAGACGCGAGGCAGAGGGUUUAAAAGAUCGAAUCAAGCGAAGGAAAGAUGAAUUGGCCGAUACCACCCUUCGCCAAGUUGCGCAGAACAAUACGGAUCCGUUACCGCGGAUUGGCAUGCGCCCUCGACGAAAUCUGAAAGGCCAUCUCGCCAAAAUCUACGCUAUGCACUGGUCGACCGAUCGCCGACACUUGGUCUCUGCUUCUCAAGAUGGGAAGCUCAUAAUUUGGGAUGCAUACACGACAAACAAAGUUCACGCUAUUCCCCUUCGCUCUUCCUGGGUUAUGACCUGCGCCUACGCUCCCAGUGGAAAUUACGUCGCAUGCGGUGGUCUUGACAACAUUUGCUCAAUCUACAACCUUUCUUCGCGAGAAGGCCCCACCCGGGUCGCCAGGGAAUUGUCCGGUCACUCAGGUUAUCUAUCAUGUUGCAGAUUCAUCAACGACCGCCGAAUCAUCACCUCUUCCGGCGAUAUGACGUGUAUGUUGUGGGAUAUUGAGUCGGGAACGAAAGUCACCGAAUUUGCCGACCAUCUUGGGGAUGUCAUGAGCAUCAGCAUUAAUCCGACAAACAAUAACAUCUUCGUUUCCGGCGCAUGCGAUGCCUUCGCCAAGUUGUGGGAUACCCGAGUUGACAAGGCCGUUCAAACCUUCUCCGGCCACGAAUCCGAUAUUAACGCCAUCCAAUUUUUUCCGGACGGCAAUGCAUUCGGAACUGGCUCGGACGACACUUCUUGCCGAUUGUUUGAUAUCCGGGCGGAUCGCGAAUUGAACAUUUACCAGAGCGAUCAAGUUCUCUGUGGAAUCACAUCUGUUGCUUUCUCGGUAUCUGGACGACUUUUGUUCGCAGGUUAUGAUGAUUUUGAAUGCAAAGUCUGGGACGUUUUGCGAGGUGAUAAGGUUGGCUCGUUGAGCGGCCACGAGAAUCGCGUAAGCUGCUUGGGCGUGAGCAAUGAUGGAAUAAGUUUAUGCACAGGAUCUUGGGAUUCCCUUGUGAGUUUUCAUUUAGCCAUCAAUUUGACAAUCGCCAUCAGCUGCCAGCGUAUAUCCUCGAAACAGUCAAGGGCCCUCCUUGUACAAUAA